AUACCAUGUCAGCCCACUGAACACGUCUUAUGGACCAUGACGAUGAGCACGGGGUGCGGGCUCCCCGCUACGAUGGAGAGGAUGUCUCGCCAACAAGUGAGGCGGAGCUGAGAGGCUGGUAUUCCACAGGUCUGGCGGCGGAAAUAUAUGCUGUCUGUGGAGUCGGAUCAUUUGCGCCUGUGACUUUAGAGCAACUUGCGAGGGAAGCUGGCGUGCUGCGGUCCGAUGGAGUGACACCAUGUAUUCAACAGCACGAGAAUGCCACCAGGUUUACCAGAAUCGUUCGCAGUGCCGUUGAGUCACUACUGAUCACGCGCGACGAGGGCGAUGUGAGCAGUCAAUGCAUCAUUAAGCCCUUUGGUCGGACCAUGGCUACCAGCAGCUUCGCCCUCUACACGUUCUCCAUCGCCGUGCUCGUACAGGCGUUGGUUUUGAUCUCCUUCAGUCCUGUGGCAGAUUAUGGCACGUACCGCAAGAGAUUGCUCCUGAGCUUUGCUUUCGUGGGCGCGGGGGCUACAAUGGCCAUGGUUCUGGUAUGGCCAGGAAUCUACCUUGUUGGAUCUCUUUUCACCAUCGUUGGCGUGGUUUGCCUUGGGUCCACAUUUGUGUUGCUCAACUCCUAUCUCCCCUUGUUGGCUUCCAACCACUCCCAGGUGAGGGCAAAAUCUCACGAGAGUCUUUCUCAAGCUGGAACACAUAGGCCCGUCACCUCGCCGGAAUUAAAGCUUUCGACGCAGAUUUCUUCUCGAGGCGUGGGUCUGGGUUAUGCAGCAGCGGUCUCGACACAGGUGCUGAGCAUCGGACUACUCGUGCUGCUCAAAAAAGCCCACUUCACAUCUGAGUCCACGCCUCUCCGUGUCGUGCUUCUCUUCGGCGGCAUCUGCUGGUUUCUGCUGACCUUGCCGGGUGCACUCUGGCUUCGCAACCGACCGGGCCCGCCACUGCGCAUCAUUGAGCCCUGGAAGUCGAAGCUACCCAUUGCUUUGCAGUAUGCCCGAUUCGCAUGGUUGUCUGUCUGGACGACAGUGAAAAUUGCUGCGAAGCUGCGACAGACCUGGAUCUUUCUGAUCGCCUGGUUCUUGCUAUCGGACGCCAUUGCCACCGUCAGUGGCACAGCCAUCCUAUUCGCACGGACCGAGUUACACAUGGGCACGAUACCUAUCGCGCUCCUGUCAAUCACUUCGAUCGGCUCCGGACUGGCUGGAGCCUUCGCCUGGCCCAUCAUCUCGAGACGCUACGGACUCGCCACGAAACAGACGAUUAUCGCCUGCAUGAUUCUCAUGGAAAUCAUCCCCUUUUACGGCUUACUCGGCUUCAUCCCUUUCAUCCAAUCUCUCGGAUUUCUCGGUCUCCAACAAAUCUGGGAAAUCUACCCCUUGGGCUUCGUCCACGGCUUCGUCAUGGGUGGUCUAUCAUCCUACUGCCGCGCCUUCUACGGCGAAAUCAUCCCUCCCGGCUCCGAAGCCGCCUUUUACGCUCUCUACGCCAUCACUGACAAAGGUAGCUCCGCCGUUGGCCCCGCCAUCGUCGGAGCAAUUGUCGAUGGACUCGGUACCAUCCGACCCGCAUUCGGGUUUUUAGCAGUGCUGAUUGCCCUGCCUAUACCUCUGGUCUAUAUGAUUGAUGUCGGCCAGGGCCGCGCGGAUGCCGUGGCUUUGUCGAAGCAUGCGGGACUCGCGGCCGCGGACGAUCAACCUAUACGCAUGGAGGAUUAUGAUCAUGUGGACGAGUAUGAUACUUCGGCCGGAUUAUUACGGCGGAGUUCGGAGGAGGAGGCAUGAAUGAAAAUGAAAACAAAAAGAUCUUGGGCACACGCAUAUGUAUGUGUGUCAUGUCAACACCACAAUAGAACGACGACGAGUCUCAGUGUCGUUCGGUCGGUCGGUCGGUCGGUACAUGUAUGCUUCCACUGUUUGUUUGUUUUUUCUCGCGCGCUCUGCCGGAAAUUAUACUACUUCCUACAUACAGUACGUACCAGGUAGCGGGAGAUUCAAAGCUAUUCCAGUUUCUCCUUGCAAUAGGAGGCGGGUUUCUCAGCUAGCAAACACAGGUAUGAAGAGUUUUAUUCUAGACAA